AACCUACUGAAGCCGACCUUUCUUUCCUUUUCGUGACCUGGCAACCCACACGAAGUAGCAUUCAAUUCCUCUCUGUCCCCUCCCCGACCUCGACCUCCUUGUCCUACUCUCGCAGUAGUAUUACCCACCGUAUCUCCAAACUGUGCGCCCUCGCCCUCUCUCCCACGAAUCCCAAUCGACGCGCCAUCCUGAACUCCGAUACUAACACCCUUGUUUUGCGACGAUGAGUGACUUCAAUUAUGGAGGAACCGAUGAGGAGUCUGCCGAGAUCAAGAAGCUUAAUGCCGAAGUGGUACGUCCCAGUUCUUUGGGUCCCGAUGUGCGCCUUUACUAACACGAGAUUGCGCGCAGCUCGAGAAUCCCGACAAGUUUGAGAGUUGGGAGAAGUUGGUUCAUGCCGCGGAGUCUCUCGAGGGGGGAUUGAACCGUAAUUCCAGCCCACAAGCGAUCACAACCACCCGUAAUGCCUACGAUCGAUUCCUCGCCAAGUUCCCUUUGUUGUUUGGAUACUGGAAGAAAUAUGCCGACCUCGAGUUCUCGAUUGCCGGCACCGAGGCUGCAGAAAUGGUAAGAAUGCGACCCGAUAUAUGCGCGAUGCGCGAGGCGAGUAACGGAAAGUCUGACAUGAGACAGGUCUUCGAGCGUGGUAUUGCCAGUAUCGCGACAUCAGUGGAUCUAUGGACGGAGUACUGUUCCUUCAAAGUCGAGACAAGUCAUGAUCCGGACGUGAUCAGAGAGUAAGUAUACUGGACACUUUCCUUCCCUUUUAACACAGACAAAUGCUACGAGACGACCUGGUUGCCGUGUGCCCUUCACGUGGAGAAUCAUGGGGGUUGCAGACGGUGAGAACUGCCAAAACAAGUCGCUCCAUGUUUGAUAUUAUUCUCACCCGAAUGAUCAGGACCUUUCCUUCUGCACAUGACACGUUCGCUUUUACCUCACUCAAAUCUACACAUUUGUUCGGAUCGGUUGGAAUUUGAUGGAGAAUAGUUUAGCACAUGCCCUUCCCGUAUUUGCACUCCUCGCCAUUUCCACAUCCCCCUUCUACCCUGCCCAAGUUCCCACUAACAUGACAAACUAGACUUUUCGAACGCGGUGCUUCAUCAGUUGGCCUUGAUUUCCUUGCACACCCCUUCUGGGACAAAUAUCUGGAAUUCGAGGACCGUCUUGAGGCUCAAGACAAGAUUUUCGCUAUCCUUAGCCGGGUCAUCAAAAUUCCUAUGCACCAGUAUGCACGCUAUUUUGAACGUUUCCGUCAGCUUGCGCAUGCUCGUCCCCUUCCAGAGCUUGUCUCUCCAGAAAUCCUCGCCCAAUUUCGCGCCGAGGUCGAGGCUGAAGCGUUUCAAAGUGGACCAAAAGGAGAGCAGGAACUUGAUCGAGAAAUACGUACCAAGAUUGACAACUUCCAUCUCGAGUCAUUUACACGAACUCAAACCGAGACGACGAAACGAUGGACUUAUGAAUCAGAGGUCAAACGUCCAUACUUUCAUGUCACCGAACUUGAUGCACAGCAAUUAGCCAAUUGGCGAAAAUAUUUGGACUUUGAGGAGGCAGAGGGUGACUAUGUUAGAUCCGUAUUCCUCUACGAGAGAUGCUUGGUCACCUGUGCCUUUUACGAUGAAUUCUGGUUUCGCUACGCACGUUGGAUGUCUGCUCAGCAAGGAAAGCAGGAGGAGGUGCGAAAUAUCUACCAACGCGCCAGCACUGUCUAUGUACCCAUUAGCCGACCCGGUAUCAGAUUGCAAUAUGCAUACUUUGAAGAGAUGUCAGGUCAUGCCGAUGUUGCAAGAGAUAUUCACUCUGCUAUUCUCGACCGUAUGCCGGGUCAUGUCGAAACCAUUGUCUCGUGGUCGAACCUCGAAAGACGUCAAGACGGUCUUGAAGCUGCUAUCGAGGUAUUCAAGGGUCAAAUUGACUCGCCAGCAGUGGAUCUAUUUGCAAAGGCCGCAUUUGUUGUUGAGUGGGCUACUUUGUUAUGGAAGAUUCAAGGUUCUGUUGACGAGGCUCGUCUGGUUUUCCAAAAGAACCAGCAAUGGUAUUUGCAGAGUCGUCAUUUCUGGGCCAAAUAUCUCGAAUUUGAGCUCAGCCAACCGACUAGUUUGGCCACCGAGUCUGAACACUAUGUAAGAAUCAAGAAAAUUCAUGACGAUAUGAUCCAGCAAAGCCGAAUGAGUUUAGCUACGAAGAAGGACCUCAGCAAUUACUAUUUACUGUAUUUGCAACAAAGGGGUACAAAAGAAGCGAUGAAGGAGUUUUUGCAAGUUGAUAGAGAGCUUAAUGGGUGAGUUUGUAUUACAUCCACCUUCUUUUGAUGUAUGACUAACAUUUAUCAGACCAGUUUCUAUUCAACCUGUUAAUCUCAAGGGUGAGGGUAACAAGGGAUUGGAAAACGGACACGCUGGUGAGAUUGACGAGGCCAUUUUAAAGAAGGGCGAAGUACAAUACCGUACCUACUUUCAGCAGCGUGGAGAACUACCACUCAAUGCUCAAGGGCUUGCGGCAUUUCACUGA